AUGCGCGCGUCGCUCGGACGACGGGCGGUGACGCGCGCGAACGUCGUCGCGCGAGGCGGUGGGCGGCCGGGGCGCGUGCACGUGCCGAGCGACGCGUUUCAGGGGCGUUCGCCGGAGAUCGCGGCGCGAGACGCGCUGGGACGGUUGUUCACCGCGGUCGCCGCGCGCGCGGUGAUCGCGGAGGAGAGCGAGGCGGCGAUCGCGGGAGGUAUGAAACCGGAAGAGUCGGAGCGGUACGAGGUUUUGAAGAAGUACGUGGAGGAGAAUCCGAUUCGGGACGGAAACGCGUGGAUGGCGGCGCUCAUGGAGCGAGACGACGUCGCGAGUCGAAUGGUGGCUUUGAGAGUGCUCGAGUUGAGGAAGACGUACGCGGAGGAGGUUUUUGAUUUCGAACGAGUGCGGGAGCAGGUUAUCUCGGAGGUUCGGAGCGAGAACGAUCGGUUGAUGAGCGAGUACGUGAAGCGUUUGAUGUGA